GGUUAGAAUCUAAGUGGUGAGGUUUGGAACUGCUAAUCCAGUUGUGCACUUAUCACCAUGGUUGACACCCGGAGUGGGAAGAGCACUAGCCCCUACACCCAGGAACAACAAGAGAAGAUGACCGCCUUAGUAAGAGAGAACAAAGAGAGGAAGGAGCUCCUGAAACAGGCGAAGCUAAGGACAAUCGCAGAGGAGCAGGUGGCGAAGAUGAAGAAACUGGAGGAGGAGAUGAAGAGAGUUCAGCUGGAGGAGGAAGAGAGGAGAAAGGCUGCUGAAGAGGAAGCAGCAGCCGAAGAAGAAAAAGAGAGAAAACGUAUUGAAAGCAGAGAGGAGAGUAGUGGCACGAAGAAGGAUGAAGAUGCAGAGAUGGAGAAAAACAUCAGCGAGUGGAUUGCUAAUUUAUCGUUGGGGGAGGAUGAGGAGGCAGAGUUCUGUGUGCCCCAGGACGAGAGGGAUGCGUUAGCCCAGGAGCUAGCAGCAAUGGAGGACCCCCUGGAAAGACAAGAAAGAGAGGAGGAGAAAAAGUUGGAGUGGAAAUUGAGAAUGAAGAGAGAAAAGAAGAGGAGGAAGGAUGAAGUUAACAAGUUGACCGCAGAAGUGGCAAAAGUGAAAGACUGCAGGCAGGAGGUGCAAGCGCAGACACACAUGCCUGCCAAAAUGGACAAGAUGCUGGGUUACUUGGAGGUCUUGAGCGGCAAUGAGCGCAGCUUGGAUGGAGGAACGCCAGGCCAAUUGAGCUCAAGAGGUAGCCCUGAAGGCCAUGCGGUCUUGGAGAAGCUACGAGAGGCUAACUUCAAGAUCAACUCAAAGAAGUGUGUGUGGGCCAAGACACAAGUCUUAUACUUUGGCCACGUAGUAGACGGAGAUGGCAUUAAGCCAGAGGACAGCAAGAUAGCGGCAAUUAGAGAUUGGCCGAUGCCCCGCACGUUGACUGAGUUGCGGUCGUUCCUAGGCCUAGCUAACUAUUACAGGAUGUUCGUGAGGAACUUCUCCACUAUCGCCGCUCCCUUGAGCAGGUUGCUAAAGAAAGAGGCAAUCUGGCAAUGGGACAAAGACUGUACGUUUGCGCUAAAGAGGUUAAAGCGCGCAUUGAUAGAGUACCCAGUCCUCAAAGUAGCUGAUCCGUCCUUGCCAUUUGUCGUCACCACGGAUGCAAGUCAGUAUGGUAUAGGCGCUGUGUUGCGGCAAGACGACGACAAUGGCUACAGACCCGUAGAGUUUAUGCCAGCGAGGAUGCCCUCAGAGAAGGUUGCCACCUCGACGUACGAGAGGGAAUUCUACGCUCUCAGGCAGGCUUUAGAGCACUGGAAGCAUUAUCUGCUUGGGAGGCACUUCAAAGUCUACUCAGAACACGAAACUCUUAGAUGGUUAAAGACCUAGGCCAAGAUGACACCUAAGCUAACUAGGUGGGCCGCUGAGAUAGAUCAUUAUGACUUUGAGCUCAAACCGGUCAAAGGCAAGUACAACGUAG